CUGGCCGUGUUUCGCGCUCGGCUUGCUUUUGCUACGCAGACACGCCUGUCGCUGCCUUCGCGGUCUAGUCGAGGGAAAAUUCUGGCUUUUCGCACAGCUGUACACAAUAUUCUUUCUUUCUGUUUGAAAAUCUGAGCGGAUCUCCACCAAUAUGGCGGCCACUCAAGUUAUUUCCAAUUGCGGCCACGAGGACAUGAUUCAUGAUGCAGGACUGGAUUAUUAUGGUCGCAGGCUGGCCACAUGUUCGUCUGAUAAGACGGUAAAGAUAUUCGAGAUUGAAGGAGACACACAUCGAUUGAUUGAGACCUUGAAAGGGCACGAAGGCGCGGUGUGGUGUGUCGCAUGGGCUCACCCGAAAUUCGGCACAAUCUUGGCCUCUUCCUCUUACGAUGGCAAAGUGCUUAUCUGGCGUGAACAGCACCAAGGGCCAACCUCUCCGGCCGGCAGCUCCUCAUGGACUAAAGUUUUUGAUUUUUCCCUUCACACUGCGUCGGUGAACAUGGUCUCCUGGGCUCCUCACGAGAGUGGAUGUCUCCUUGCCUGCGCUUCCUCGGAUGGACAUGUCAGUGUCCUUGAGUUCCGUGAUAAUAGCUGGACUCACCAGAUCUUCCACGCUCAUGGAAUGGGCGUUAACUCAAUCAGUUGGGCUCCUGCGGUAUCUCCUGGGAGCUUGAUUAGCUCUAGCCCUUCAUCGAGCCAGCAGAGGAGAUUCGUCACCGGUGGAAGUGAUAAUCUGGUUAAAAUCUGGGAUUAUAACCCCGAAAGCAAGACCUACACAUUGACCCAAACCCUUCAAGGCCAUUCAGACUGGGUCCGUGACGUCGCUUGGUCUCCAAGUAUCCUCUCGAAAUCGUACAUCGCCUCCGCCUCUCAAGACAAGACGGUUCGCAUCUGGACCUCUGACGCGUCGAAUCCUGGACAGUGGAACAGCCAGGUCCUCGAGUUCGACUCCGUCCUGUGGCGCGUCAGUUGGAGUCUGAGCGGAAACAUUCUCGCCGUGAGCGGAGGUGAUAACAAGGUCAGUUUAUGGAAGGAGAAUCUGAAGGGCCAGUGGGAAAAGGUGAAGGAUAUCGAAGAGUAGACUAAUAUCUGUCCUGUCUCUUUUUUCCCCUUUCCUUUUUUUAUCCCUUCUUUUCUUGGAAUGGAUGGUACUUCUCUUACCACCCUUUCUUUAUAUGAGCGAUUCGUAUUUGUCAUGGACAUCCUAUGUGUUAAUCAAAAAAGGUCAAUCGAAUACAGGAGUGCAGGUGUAUAAUCUUCCAUAAUUGAGGCAUUCUUCAAGAUAAAAAGCGUGGGAAACCUGUGGUAGUAUGUAGCAUUUGCCAGAUGAUCAACUUGAAGCUUCGGCUGGUAGACAACCAGGAAGUACUAUUUCCAUUUGCGUUCACAAUUUUCAGUUACCAACGACUUAUGUAGAUAGUGUAUCGUAAAUGUUCAUGAUCGAGUACACCCUCUUAUCUCAUACGCCCCAAAAUAUGAACGGUCCCUUAUCCAUCC